AUGGAUUUUGAAUUGCUCUCUCAGACAUGUGCUUCCGGGAAGGCGACCAAGCUCUUGAGGGGCAAUACUCCUGAGUGCCCUUGCGCACAGAAUGCAGAUGCUGCGCGAGUAAGCGUGAGACUUGCGAGCGCGGCUCUUGUGGAAACGCAGGCCAGACAAAGUCCACAGGCUACCUGGACGGCGGCCGUUUCAUCGCCGAUGCCAGAACUCAAGGUGCCUCCAGAAGUCCCACAGCCUCGAUUAGGUCCACCACCGCCGCCACCACCACCAGCUAUUCCAUCACUGCCACCAGUUCCAAAUGUGGAUCCAGAGGACAUCCCUCUGCAGAGCAUGGAAGGCCCAAAUCUUCAAUCAUGGUACACUGUCCCGCCAAGCGUGGCUGAACUGGCAAAUCAGACGCGGGCGCCGAGUAUGACAAUGAAUGGCAUGGCUUCCAUGCCAGCCCCGCCCAGUGUGACCAAAUUGAUGCCAAGGCUCCUCCCAGCACCCAAAGAGGCAGAGGAGAUGCUGCACUUGGCCAAGAAGGCUUCAGGUUUCUCGCAGACCAGGGAGGUUGCUUCCACUGGCAGGUACCGUCUCUCGGACUGCCCUUGCAAAUGA